GAUGAAACUGACAAUAUUUAUGCACGCUCUUAUGUACCUGGCACAGUGACACGCAAAAAAGAGGAAGAAUUGGGUUCACCAGCGGCCAUUUUAGAAUCGAGAAGACAGUAUGCUUUGCAACAAAGACAAAAUAAAGCUUUGGCCAGUGCACAUCAUCGUCGUAUUGUUACAGAGGGUUCUUGCCGUUUGCCACAGCCACGAGUGGAACGUAUACGCAGAGACUCUUGGAAGAUUUAUACCCCCCAUUGUACGAUUCUUCACCGUUGUGCUGACGAUGCCGGCUGUUGUCCCAGUGAACGUCAGACCUGUGCUCCAAAACGCACCAAAAAUGUGGAUUUAUACUUUUUUGUUAUCAGCCUUAAUGAAACACAAGGAUCAAUAGAAAAGCUAACAUUUGUUAAUCACACCGAAUGUCAUUGUGUCAAUCGUUCGAAACAGCGAGCACCCGAAUAUGCCAGCUCUGGUGCCAAAGAACUUAUGGCGAAUAAUCAAAUACCCUAUCUAAGACGGGCCACAAUACUCAAUUGUUAUUGUCCCAAUUUAUUUGAGAAAAUUUUACAAGAAGAUGGUUUCUGUCGAUGUGACUGUUCAUCGGGUAAUAUGGGCUGUGAUUGGCUGAAAAGAGGCAUGGAACAUUUCUCUAUGAAUGAUAGAAAAUGUAUCUUAGAGGGUCGCUGUAAAUUGCCCACCUGUGAAUAUGGUCAAUAUAUUAAGAAACAUGGACGCUGUCCUAGACGAGAGGAAAGACAUCUUUCUAGUGAUAUGGAUUGGUGAGCAGUUUUUGUAAGCUUUUCUUAAGCUUUAAAAAGCUUUUGUUUGAAUUGAAAGAAAACAACAACUACUUUUGCCAGAAAAGUAAACAAUGAAAAAAUUAGCUACAAGUUGUGUUGGAUUAACACAGAUAUUUGCUAAAAAACAAAAACACACACAUACAUAAUGUUAUUAAACUAUAAAAGUAUUACAAAAUAAAUAAAUAAUUUAUUAACUAAUGUAGAUCUUUUUUGAAUUUAAGAAAUGUUUAAACAAAAAAAUACAAAACAACAAAUUACUAUACAAUAAUGAUGAACUUGAAAAGUGAAUAAAAAAACAAAAACAAAUAUAUUAAUUAAUUAAAUAAUUAACUUUAGCUAAUACUUACAUUCAUACAUAUUUAUAAUGUUAUACGAUUAUGAAACUAUAAAAUGAAAUUUAAAGAAAUUAAAUUUAAAAUUUAUUGAUUUUAGUUUUAAAAAAAAAAAGUAAAAAUUACCAGCAUAUCCCUAUUGCUCCCUCCUAAAAUAUAAAAAUUUAAUUAUACUUAAACAAGAAAACAAAAUCAAAACUUAUAAAAAUUAUUAAUAAUAGUAAUUUUAGUAAAACUUUUUUCUACUAAACUUUUUUAGUCUGAUAAUAUUAUAUGAAAAACUUAAAACAAAAUUUGAAAAGAAAAUUAAGAUUAUUAUUGAAUUGUGUCAACCUUUAGAAAAGAAAUCCAAAGUUUUGUUUAAGCUUUUCAGCUUAAACUCUAAAUAAGCUUCUGCCCUCUGGUCUACAAUAAAGAAGCAUUAAAAUAAGUGGUCUUGCUUAAGGUAAGCAGUAAAGGGAGUUGGUUGAAAGCUUUCCACAGCGCCCUCUAACGCUAAAUGUAUUUUUUAUUGCCAUUUUCUCUUUCUUUAAAACCGAUUUAUAUCGCCCCAAACCCACUGUGCUUAGUUUAAUGAUUUUCUUAUAAAUUACCUGAUGGCGCCUAUAUGAUUGAUUAUUUAUGAAAUUACUCAAGAAUUUGUUGAACUAAAGACUAAAACUUCUCUAAACUGGUUUCUAUUUUUUCUCAUUCAAUAUUUUCAAUUAUUCAAUCAGUACUUUUUACAAAACACGAUUUGCAAAUCUAUUAACAACAAUUUAGCAACAAAAAAAACUAAACUUGUUCAUUCAGUAUUUAAGUUAUAAUUUGUUAAAAAUUAUAAACAAAUUCAAUUCGAAACUACCCAGCACCCAAUAGAAAAAGUUUAGAGGACAAACAAUACAGAUCAAAACAAACCAGCAAAACGCCGAUAAAGCUAAACAACACCUAAGCAAAAAGCUCUCUCGUUCUAAGUCACAGAGCAGCUCAUCCAUCUCUUUUACUCUCAAUGCCUGUAUUUCAUCUAAGAUAUUUUAUUGUUGCCACUAACACUAUAAAUUUCCUAUUGGGUAUUAAUUUAUAACUUGAUUUAUUUAAAUUUUUAUUCGAUUUUUUUUCCUGACUUAUCCAUAUCAUUUCAAUUGACACAUAAAAUAUCAUAAAUAUUUCCUUACAAAAUUUAUCUUGACUUUUUAAUUAUACUUUUUUAACAACAUUUAUUAUUUGUUAUCAAAUUAUUACAUUAAGUUAGAAUUUUAAGUGUAUAAUUCCAAUUCCAAUAUGGUAAAACGACUGGUUUCUAAUUAUUUUUUAUUAGACAUUUAAAUAAUAUACGAUAAAUAUUACUAAAACGUUUUGUUAUUAACAUUUUUAGUAGCAAUUUAAUCAUUUAAAUGAUAAAGUUAAAUUAAUUUUUACUUUGUUAUUAAACAAUGUAAAAUGUUCAACUCAAACAAACAAAUUAUAAAGAAAAAGAGUUGUGUAUUUUGUACCCUACAGCAAGUUUAAACAAAAUAACAAAAUUAUGGCAAUAAUAUUUAAAAUCUGUAAUGAUUGGUUUAAAUUCACGCGAAAUUUCUCUAAGUUUUUUUGAAAACUACAAUAUGAAAAUAUUGAACUUUGACACCGAAGACGAGUGUAUUAUGUUUCCGAUUCAAUGAUAAUAACUGAUAUAUGAUUCUGUCUAAUAUAUAAUUUUAAAUUUUUCUAAAGGCUAACCUUUGACCUUUAGUUCAGUUCUGGUUCAGUUCCAGUUCAGUUCUAGUUCAGUUCUAGUUCAGUUCUAGUUUAGUUCUAGUUCAGUUC